AUGGCGACUGAAGCCGAUUCCCCUCAGGGAGAAUCGACUACUCCCAAUCCCCCAGUCAGUAUCCAGGCCAACACUCCAGCCACUUCGCUGCCACAGAAACGCGCACUGGAAGACGACCAUGUGCCUGCGGUAUCCUCGCCAUUGAACCCAAACCCAGAACCAAAAUUGAACAAGACGCAAUCGCAUGAUGACACCCCAGCCAUGUCGAGGGAAAAGCGCACGAAAAAGGAGUCGUUGAAGAAGAGAGAGUCCAAGGGUGUUACCAUCGCUGAGCCCGGCAGCUCGAGAGCUACACCCGAGCCAAAGGGCAAGAACAACAAGGAGCCACCCGCCAAUGAGUCUUCUCCGAUGCGCUAUAAGCUGGCGCCUCCGAAACCUGGAGACUUUGAACCGGCUCGUGGUCCAUUGUUUACCCAUCACCACGAUGUGACCGCACUUCAUGGCUCGACUGUCGCAUUCCAUGAGACCUCGGAACAUGUCUACAAUAAAAAGAACUUCCACUACCUACACUGUAUAGCCGACCCUGCCUUCCCAUCUUCCUUUUACUAUCGCCAAACCGAGCCGGAACCCCACGGGGCGCACAUGAGCUUCGAGGAUGCGGCCACCCACAUGUUUUUUGAUCAGUCGGGUCGACAUAUUACAACAGACAAGGGUUUUCGCAUGGCCAGAGCAAAUGUGGCCGUACGGCAAGGCAGAUGGUACUGGGAGUGCAGGAUUACUAGAGGCACACUAAAGAGGGAAGACGGAGCCAAGGUUGAGUCGCAUGGCCAUGUGCGCCUUGGGUUCGCCAGACGAGAAGCCUCCCUUGAUGCGCCCGUCGGCUUUGACGCAUACAGCUACGGAAUCCGCGAUGUGCAGGGCCAAAAAGUGCACAUGUCACGGCCCAAAGACUUUUUCCCACCCGGUGAGGACAUGGCAGAGGGCGACGUAAUAGGACUCGAGAUACAGCUGCCCUCGGAGCAGCUACAUCGCAAGGUCGUUCAAGGACACUACAAUCCUGCAGUGGACAUUACGGAUGAUGAAAUCCCCACGGCAGAGGGGCCCAACAUCGUGCGCGACCGCAUACCAAUCCGUUUCAAGGCGCAUAUUUACUUUGAAAAGAUUGACUACCACACCACCAAGGAGUUGGAGGACCUCAUGAAUCCGUCACCUGUCGGCGCAUCUGGCUCGGCCCAUAACUCGGACGGGCCGAAUCCAGUACAUCCUGUGCCGGCACUGCGCACGCUACCAAAGUCAUGCAUCAAAGUUUAUAAGAACGGUGUGCUAAUGGGCACACCAUUCACAGAUCUCUUGGCCUUCCUACCACCGGCAUCAAAACCACAGGCGCAGGUCGGUGCACGGGAAGGCCUCGACGAUGGCAUGCUUGGCUACUAUCCCGCCAUUAGUGUUUUCAGGGGAGGUGCUGCCGAAGUGAACUUUGGGCCCGACUUUUGGUAUCCGCCCCCGGGCUAUGGUAAACUUACCACAGAGCCAAUCACGACACAACACAGCGAAGACGUGGAGAUGACGAAUGACUCUGUAGACGUGGUAGCGACAACUACGGCUCCUGCAGAUGGCGAGCCGACACCUCAAGGGGACCUUAAACCUCUCUCGGAGAGGUACAUUGAGCAGAUAGCCGAGGAUAUCGUGGCCGACAUUGUGGACGAAGUCGACUUCUGGAUGCAAGAUGGCGCGAGGGUGAUCGACCGCACGGGCGGACGUGAUGAGAAAGCCGAUGUUAGUGUUGGAAUUGCUCCUGGCAGAGAAGAGAUUAAGGAGCUGGUUCAGGACGACUAG